GAGGGAAAAGAAAGGAAACGAAACCCUCCCCGUUCCCAGGUCCCAGCCCCUCCCUCCCCCAUUCCCAAGUGUCGCCGCCAGCGCACCCGCCCGCCCGAAUCUAGCUAGGUCAGGCCGCCGCCGCCGCCGCCGCCGCUCCGGAUCUCCGGUCGCGCCCGCUCUAACUCGUCGGAUGGAGAGGAUGCUCAAGGAUGACGCCGUCGAGGAGAAGGGCGAGCGCGCCCGCAUGGCAUCUUUUGUUGGUGCGAUGGCAAUCUCAGACUUGGUCAAGACCACAUUAGGACCAAAAGGAAUGGACAAGAUCCUGCAAUCAACAGGCAGGGGCCGGAGUAUUAAUGUUACAAAUGAUGGGGCUACCAUUUUGAAGUCUCUUCACAUUGACAAUCCUGCUGCCAAGGUCCUUGUUGACAUAUCAAAAGUUCAAGAUGAUGAAGUUGGUGAUGGAACAACUUCUGUCGUUGUUUUGGCUGGAGAGCUUUUGAGGGAGGCUGAGAAGUUAGUUAAUAUGAAAAUUCAUCCGAUGACUAUUAUUGCAGGUUACAGAAUGGCUGUUGAGUGUGCUAGAAAUGCUCUGUUACAGAGGACCAUGGACAACAAGGAAAAUACAGAUAAGUUCAGAUCAGAUCUCAUGAAUAUUGCUAUGACUACCCUUAGUUCGAAAAUUCUUUCCCAGGACAAGGAGUACUUUGCUGGACUUGCAGUUGAUGCUGUCCUAAGGCUUAAGGGUAGCACCAACUUGGAAUCCAUUCAAAUUCUGAAGAAACCUGGAGGAUCUCUUAAAGAUUCCUUUUUGGACGAGGGAUUCAUUCUUGACAAGAAAAUUGGCAUUGGGCAACCAAAGAGGAUUGAGAAUGCCAAAAUUUUGGUCGCGAACACUGCUAUGGACACAGAUAAAGUUAAGAUCUAUGGGGCACGAGUCCGAGUGGAUUCAAUGUCUAAGGUUGCAGAGAUUGAAGCUGCCGAAAAGCAGAAAAUGAGGGAGAAAGUUCAAAAGAUAAUAGGUCACGGGAUCAACUGUUUCGUCAACAGGCAGUUGAUCUAUAAUUUCCCUGAAGAACUUUUUGCUGAUGCUGGCAUACUCGCAAUUGAGCAUGCUGACUUUGAGGGAAUUGAGCGGCUAGCUCUUGUCACUGGCGGUGAGAUUGCAUCAACUUUUGAUAAUCCAGAGUCUGUUAAGCUUGGGCACUGCAAGGUCAUUGAAGAGAUUAUGAUUGGGGAGGACAGGCUAAUUCAUUUCUCCGGAGUUGAGAUGGGUCAGGCUUGCACCAUUGUCCUGAGAGGAGCGAGUGAGCAUGUGCUUGAUGAGGCAGAGAGGUCCUUGCAUGAUGCCUUAUGUGUGCUGUCCCAGACAGUAAACGACACCCGUGUCGUGUUUGGCGGUGGAUGGCCUGAGAUGGUGAUGGCCAAAGAAGUGGAUGAGCUUGCUAGGAAAACACCUGGGAAGAAAUCUCAUGCUAUCGACGCUUUUUCACGUGCCCUGCAAGCCAUCCCGACGACCAUAGCUGACAAUGCUGGUCUGGAUAGUGCCGAGCUGAUCUCUCAGCUCCGAGCUGAGCACCACAAGGAGAAUAGCGCUGCUGGAAUUGAUGUCAUCACAGGCAGCGUCGGAGACAUGCAGAAGAUGGGAAUAUCAGAGUCGUUCAAGGUGAAGCAAGCCAUCCUUCUAUCCGCGACAGAGGCAGCUGAGAUGAUUCUCAGGGUUGAUGAGAUCAUAACCUGUGCCCCACGCAGAAGAGAGGAUAGGAUGUGAUCACUUUUUUCAAUGUUAGGGAUGCAUGUUACCAUAGCUUUGGGGGGUACUAUGGUUCACGGGUGAUCAAGCUUAUCACAUUUUUGAGUGUUUUUGGCCCCUAGGCAACUGGGAUUUGUUAAAACAAUCUAUCUAGGCUUUUGUCCUGAAUUCAAAUGUUGUAUCAUUUUGUAGCGAAUUACAAUGCGCUUGCCUUUAUUUUUUGUGAAUUUACGAUUUGCUUGCCUUCC